GCCUAGCGCUUUCGUUUUGGUCACUUGACAAAGUUUUUUCUUGUUCAUACUCCGUCUCACAUUCUCCAUGUCGGUUUCCAACCUCCCAACGCCGCCGAUUUCGACGUCAACUUCCUCGGCCACGUCUGUUGGCGCGACGGCAACGCCAGGGAGUGCAACUCCCGCGGCGACGUCUCCUGCUGCACCUCCAUUGGCGGGAGCUCCAGUCACUCGCCCCCCUCCUGCAGCCCCUCUUAGCGAGAGGGCUGCAUCCUUUCGUGAAGCGGUGACGCAACUGGAGGAGUUGCGCAACUCGGGUAUGCUGGGUGGUGAACAGUACGUCACUUUGGUGGACUCCCUUACCCGCCAGUACCUAAACCCCACCACCCCCACAACUGCUGCUGCAACGACAUUUUCCGGUGGCAUGGACUCCACACUCUCUUGGGACGUCAGUGUGAUGUCGCGGGAGAACUACGUCCGCAUGUACCCCUGGGCUCCGGAGUACGUGAAGGCCAAGUUGGGCCUUACUCGUAUUGAACAAGAGUACGCAGAGAAAGGGUGCUGGGACCACCUGCGGAACUUGGCGUUGGAGCGCGCGCGACAGAACAGCCUUUGCUCCAUCGAGCGCAUGCUUUUGUCCAUGUUUCUUUGGGACGAGGACGCUAAAAAGUCGGCGUUCUUCCUCGCGCAUUAUAUCCUCACUGUGCCGGAGGGUCUGGCGACCCUGUACCACAACGUACGUGCCCUGGAACUGGUGGAACCCGUGGCGCGGCGGCAUCAGGCGGCGACUGUGUGCGACUUCCCGGAAGCCAUAUGGUAA